AUGAUAACCACUCGUGUUUGGUUGAAUCAGGAAUGGCGUGAUAUACGGCUAACUUGGAAUCCUGCAAACUACAGUGGUGUUGACAAUGUGAUUGUGCCGUUUGGAGACGUCUGGUAUCCAGAUAUGGUCUUAUUAGAUAUAAUGAAUGUGAAUAUUGUCAAUUAUGUCGCAUUAUUGAAAACGAAAUUAAAGCUGUCGCUAAGUAACCAUAAGCAGUUUGGGAAACAUGAAGAUAACUCCUACGUACUACAGACGCCUUUGUAUACACGUAUCUAUUACGAUGGUACGAUUUCCAUGGGACCGCCAACAAUGCUGAUCAGUCCGUGCCUCAUCGACAUCCUACAUUUUCCAUUCGACGAACAGAGCUGCCACCUUAGCUUCGGUACGUGGGAGUACACCGGCAACGAAACGUUCUUACAGCCAAUGGACGACCACGUCGUGAAAGAGGAUUACUUAGAUAACGUGGAAUGGGAGGUCAUAGACUCUAAGGCCGAAUCGCUCAUAGAAAGUUAUCCAUGCUGUCCACAAGUCUUCAGUCUUGUCACUUUUACUUUGGUCAUGCGCAGAAAACCGUUAUACUAUCUCAUUAACCUAACACUGCCCUGCGCUAUAUUGACUAUUCUUACACUGUUUACGUUUUAUCUGCCAGCCGAUUCUGGGGAGAAGUUGACUCUUGGGAUAUCCAUUCUCUUAACAUUGUCUGUACUCAGCGUGAUUGUGUCUGAUACACUGCCAGCGACCUCUACCGGUGUGCCCUUGAUUGAACAGUAUAUUAUAUUUAGUAUGGCGCUCGUUAUGAUCUCAGUGAUUAUGACAAUAGUUAUUGUGAAUGUAAACCACCGCAAUGGCAGGACAUAUAAGCUCACUCCAAGGGUGCGCAAGUUUAUGUUGCAGACCUUGCCGCCUUAUUUAUGUCUUCGGCCAGUGAGCGACGAAUAA